AUGUCGGUCACCUUCGAACAGAAUCAUCCUCGCGAGGUGAUUAACAACGAAAAGGAAAGGGCGGACCAGUACCUAUCUUGGAAGUCCUCCUCUACCGCAAUCAAAAUUAUCACCGAGGAAGCUCUUUACUGCGUUCAAGUUUGUAGGAUAAGACCGGCUUCAGAGAUGUUAGUACUGCAAAUACUCGCGGAUACCCAUUGCUCCUAAAGAACUUUCGGAGGUUGUCAUGCUACGGUGAAUUUCCACUCGCUAUAUUGUCCGUUCUCAAAGGUGGUGAAUUCAUCCGUCACCCAUGACUCAGCCCUCGGCUUGGAGACGCCUCGACGCCGAUCGUGUUUUAUCCCUUAUUGAUUGGUCGUGGCUGGACAUGAGUCAAGUGCACUCCUAAACUUCGAGCUGGCACAGUAAUAAUGGCUGGUUGGGGCCUGAUGAACUUUUUCUGCCGUCGGCCCCGUAGCUGCCUCUAAGCCCCCUGUGAUACCAUUAGCAGCAGCAGCAGCAGCAGCAGCAGCAGCAGCAGCAGCAGCAGCAGCAGCAGCAGCAGCAGCAGCAGCAGCAGCAGCAGCAGCAGCAGCAGCAGCAGCAGCAGCAGCAGCAGCAGCAGCGGCAGUAG